GACACUCCUGGCGUUAAAGAAGAACAAUUUCUUGUGAAAUGGCGUGGUCUUUCACAUCGCCACAACUCCUGGCACUUGUAUUCUGAAUUGCGAAACUAUAAAGGUUUUCGAAAAGUAGAGAAUGCUCGUCGAAAGGCUGAAGAUGAAGAUGCAUUUCGCAAUCAUCCAGGUGCUAGCCCUGACGAAAUUGAGCAAAUGGAUAUUGUGCUUGAAUUGGAGCGUGGCUUGCUUCAAGAUUAUAAAGUUAUUGAACGUGUAAUUGCCAUACGAGAAUCUGACUCGGGAGCUGGAUUAAGCGGAUCUGAAUACUUGUGCAAAUGGGGAAGGUUAUCGUAUGCAGAAUGUACGUGGGAACCAGCAGACUCGCUAUUGCCUGAAGAUCAGCCUGAAAUUGACUCUUUUUUGGAACGAAAUUCCAGUUCAACUGUUCCACAUAAAAACGAUACUUUUCAGCGUGUUCGAACCGACUACAAACCUUUUCAAAAGCAGCCCAGCUAUCUUGUUGGUGGAGAACUUCGCGACUAUCAGCUUCUGGGUGUCAAUUGGAUGGCUCACUUGUGGCAUCGUAACCGAAACGGCAUCCUUGCUGACGAAAUGGGUCUUGGUAAAACCAUCCAGUCAAUAUCAUUUUUAUCCUAUCUCUUCCACUCCCAACAUGUAUAUGGUCCUUUUCUUGUUGUCGUGCCGCUAUCUACUAUUGGUGCCUGGCAAAAAGAAUUUAAACAAUGGGCACCUGACAUAAAUGUAAUUUGCUAUCAUGGAGAUACCGCCUCUCGUCAAACUAUUCGCAACUAUGAAUUUUUCAUCCCAUCCAAAACCAAGGAACCUCGCAUCCGCUUCAAUGUACUGUUGACUACCUUUGAGCUUAUUUUAAAAGACAAGGAACAUUUGGGUAAAAUCAAAUGGGCAUUUUUGGCUGUUGACGAAGCUCACCGUCUCAAAAAUUCGGAAUCGCAACUUCACGAGGCACUUAAAGAUUUUUCAACUGCCAAUCGACUUCUUAUUACUGGUACACCUUUGCAAAACACUGUCAAAGAGCUGCUGGCUCUUAUCCAGUUUCUCAUGCCUGACCAGCUUCAAGAAUUUCAAGAUUUUGAAAUCACUGUAGGUGAUGAAGAACAGCAGGAAAAGAUCCGAGAACUUCAAAUCAAGCUUAAAGACCUGAUGCUUCGCCGUCUUAAAAAGGAUGUGGAAAAGUCUUUGCCGUCCAAGUCUGAACGUAUCUUGCGUGUUGAGCUUUCUCCACUUCAGCUUGAAUAUUACAAGGCAGUAUUUACAAAAAACUUUGAAACACUUAAUAGAGGGACGGCUGGCGGAAAACAGGUCAGUCUUCAAAAUAUUGCUAUGGAGCUCAAAAAGGCUAGCAAUCAUCCAUACCUUUUUGACGGUGCCGAACCUCCUAACAUGAGUCGAGAGGAUCAGCUCAAAGGCAUCAUCAUGAACUCGGGGAAAAUGGUACUUCUUGACAAGUUGCUGGCUAGUCUUCACGAGGGACAGCAUCGAGUAUUGAUAUUUUCCCAAAUGGUGCGCAUGCUCAACAUCUUGUCAGACUAUUUGUCCUAUCGUGGUUACACUUUCCAGAGACUUGAUGGCACCACACAGUCUGAAGUUCGCAAGCGCAGUAUGGAGCAUUUUAAUGCUGCUGGAUCUACCGAUUUUGCUUUUUUGCUUUCGACUCGUGCUGGCGGUCUUGGGUUGAAUCUUGCUACCGCAGAUACCGUUAUUUUAUUUGACUCGGACUGGAACCCGCAGAAUGACUUGCAAGCCAUUGCUCGUGCUCAUCGAAUUGGUCAAAAAAACACUGUCAACGUAUAUCGAUUUCUAUCCAAAGAUACCAUUGAAGAAGAUAUUAUUGAGCGUGCCAAAAGGAAAAUGGUGCUUGAAUACUCCAUCAUUAAAACCAUGGAUACAUCGGGAGAAGGGAUCAUGAGUUCUGGAAAAAGCAAAUCGGCGGGCAGUGCCAAUAGCGGAAACAUCUCAAAUGAAGAGCUGCAAAUGAUUCUUAAAUUUGGCGCACAAAACCUAUUCAAGCAAGAUGGUACCGCCAACAGUGCUUCAAACGAGAAGUUGGAGCAACUAAACCUUGAUGAUGUUUUGUCUCGAGCAGAAUUCCAUGAAGGCAUAGAACAGUCGGGCACUGCGUUGGGAUCUGCAGAGUUUUUGGAGCAGUUCAAUGUUGCUGAUGUUGCGGUUAGCCAACUUAGCUGGGAGGAUAUCAUUCCAGAAGAUCAGCGUAAACAGCAGCCAGCUGCAUCGGUGGAUGAGAUUCCAGAAAUUUAUUUAUUGGAAGGUAUGCGUCGACGCACAGCUGUUCCUGUACUAUAUACAUGUGAUGAUCCAUAUGAAUCUGCUGGUCGGAAACGGAAACGGAAAGCUAAUGGAGCCGGAGAGCAUGCACCCAAAAAGGCUAGCAGUAGCGAUACCCCUGUAAAUGAACUUUCAGACAAGGACAUUCGCGGUCUUAUUCGUGGAUUAUUAAAAUUUGGAGAUAUUGAACGACGCCUUGAUCUAAUUACUCAGGAGGCCGAUGUGUCACACAAAAACAAAGAUGUGGUGAUUGAAGCUGUAGGUGGUAUCAUUAAAAAUUGUUUAGAUGCACUUCAUAAUGUCGACGCUGGUACUUCUACUACUGGUACACCUAUUAAAACGGAUAAAGAUUUUACUAUUUCUACAAAGCAUAAAAGCGAGGCUAAUUCAGAGGUUGCAAACGAAACACCAACAGCCAAUACUCUGUCUGCCAACACAUCUAAACACAAAGUGAUUGCAGCUACAUAUAAUGGCGUAACAGGGAUCAAUGCGGGGCAGCUGAUUCAGCGCGUAAGUGAUAUGACGUGCUUGUCAAAGCGACUUGAAAAGCAGGUUUUGAAUCAAUUUCGUAUCACAUGGACUCCAAAGUCUACUUCCAACUGGGCUACGUCAUGGGGUGUCAAGGACGAUGCCAUGCUGCUUGUUGGUGUUUAUAAACAUGGAUUUGGAGCAUGGUCUGCAAUGCAGGCAGAUCCAGAACUUCCGUUUGCCAGCAAAUUUUUUCUCGACAACAGCGACGCUAAAAAACUGCCAAAGGGUCUUCAUCUCAUUCGACGUGCCGAAUAUCUUUUAAAACUUUUGCAUGAGAACGAAAUGGCAAGACAAAAAAAACGACGUGAUCAAGAGCAGGUCACUGGGUCCAAAUCAGAUCGACAACCCAAUAAAAUACAAGGGCAUUCACUUAAACGGCACCGAUUAGCAGAUACAAUAGUACUCAAGCGAGAGGGUUCUAAAAAGGAAACCAAGACUACAAGUAAUGGUGCUGCCACACCUACUUCAAAUAUCAAUGAUGAUCAGCAAAUGUCAGACUAUGACUCGAUGGACGAUAAUGUUUGCAAAUCUACUCUUCGUCCUUUAAAGAGCUAUCUUCAAGGUCUUCGUGAAAUGCCACCUACUCUCAACGGUGCUGAAAAGGCUGCGCUUAUUCGCAAAAACUUGGUAGCUAUUGGCGAUUAUAUCAGCAAGCAUACCAUGUCUUUGCCCCAUCAAACUGAACGCAGCAAAUUAUCGCGGCAUUUGUGGAAGUUUGCAAGCUUUUUUUGGCCAAAAGAGAUUUCAAGUCGUAAAGUGGAAGCCAUCUAUACCAAGAUUGUUGCUGCAUCGGCUACUUCUACUCCAGUUCCCAGUACGCCUAAACUGCCAGCACACCCACAAUCAGCUCUUCGAAAACCUACCCCAUCACACUCAUAG